ACAAAAGCCCAAUUCAAGACACAUUGUUUAUCUUCUUCUUACUCUGGAAAACAAUGAAACGUCAAUCCCAAAAACCUAAACAUGAACAACAACAACGACAACAACAACACUGACUAAACUUUCAAAAUUCAAAUAACAACACUGACUAAACUUCCGAGUUAAUCAACCAUGAUUCAAAAUGGUGGCACUGUAUCCCAAGGUUCUGUCUUGUGUUAUGCUUGUCAAAUUCCUGCUAAGGUUGCUGUCUCAAGUAUCCGAAGUUUCUGGGGACAUAGUUUGGAAAAUAAGCCAAGAGGAAUGACAUUCACAGACAUGUCUGCUACAUCAAGCCUACUUUUAAGCGGGGGUCAGAAUUUUCUGUCUCGUACUAUCCCCGUGUUACCUACGCCGCACAAGUCUUCUACCACCCCUCGGGCAACAAAGGAUUCCUCAGGCUUCCGAUUCCCUCCGAUGACAAAAAAACCAAGAUGGUGGUGGAGAACAUUAUCAUGCAUCCCUUACCUCUUACCUUUCCAUCAGGCAUGGAUGUAUGCUCGGACAGCAUACCAUCUUCACCCGUUUAUCCCGUAUUUCCAGCCCAUGACGUACCCUUUUCUCAUGGCAAUUGGAACUCUACCUAGAUGGUCUCUCAUAGCAUACUUCUUGAUUGCAUAUCUUACAAUUGUGAGGAGAAAAGAAUGGCCUCAUUUCUUCCGAUUCCAUGUCGCCGUCGGAAUGUUAAUCGAGAUCGCCCUACAGGUUACCGGGAUUGUGAGCCGUUGGAUGCCACGUUCGUUUUAUUGGGGUAAACUUGGAAUGCAUUUCUGGACUACUGCAUUUUUUGUUUUUCUCUUUACUACCAUAGAGUGCAUUAGAUGUGCCCUUGUUGGUAUGUAUGCCGAUGUCCCUUUUGUCUGUGAUGCAGCAUACAUUCAAAUACCACACGAGUAAGGUGGAAUGUGUAACAAAGAAAACACCUUUACAUUUCUGUUACUCUUGUUUGUAUUCUACUUUUUCUUUAGCAGAAACAGAAAAUGACUAAUCAUAAUCAGUUUGUUGUUGUUGUUGUUUAUAUCGAAAUACUACGAAUUUGAUGUU